GCGAUCAGAUUCGGAGAAAUUAUUAAUUAAUUUGACGCAAAGAAUGGGUUAUGUGAAAAAUCAUUUCGAAAAACCGAUUAUCAUCUGGAUUUUAGUUUUCUUGGUACUUGGAAGCCAUUCUUUAACACAUCCCUUGUAUCAGUCUUAUCAAGAGCGACCUGGCGAAGGAACCGAAAUCGAAUUCAGGUUUAAUGGAGAACACAGAUUAUCCGCCCUUCUGGGUGUAGCUUUACCUGCCGUAGUCUACCCGAGUAGUGACUGUGCACCUGACAACGCAUCAGUCACAUGUCAUCAAUUUGGGGAUUUUGCAACCUACAAGGUCACAAAUAUUGAUGAAAUGUGCACCCAAAUUGAGUGGACUUCUACGAACGCUCGCCGACUGGAGGACUGUUUUCUGAUCCGAGAUGACCAACACUUUUACGGCGGUGCAGAAUCACAUUGGCAAUACUGGCCGGUUAAUCCAGACCCAAAACAGGAAUCCGCAUAUAUCACGUCUGACGCUAAGACGGGAUUUAGUGAUUUUGGAAACGUUGCGGAAAAUUAUUGGCUUUUCUCACAAGGAGCAUCUAUUCAUGUGGAGGAGAAUACUCCAUUUUUCUUAAGCUGGAACACCACCCGACCUGGACAGCUGUGUUUUAUCUCAGCUGAUCAAUACCCAUACGACGCUAGAACCGUCCUCACACUUAAUUACACCGUGUGCGUUGGUCCCGACGUGAAAUCUGUGCAUGUCACUAAUUUCCCAAAAUGGUACAAAAAACCUGCCGGCAUGCUUGACCAGGGUAUGCUUCUUCGUCCAAUUUGGUCCACCACUGCAGCCCCAAAUCAGAGCGAGGUUGUUUCUUUGGCAAGGCAAAUUGUUCAACAUGGUUUCCAAGGGAGUAGCCAUAUUGAAAUUCAAGACCGAUGGGAAACUUGUCACGGAGAAAUGGAUUUUGGUCCAGAUAAGUUCCCUGAUCCUAAAGAAAUGGUGGACGAAAUACUCUCCCUAGGUCUCAAAAUUACUUUAUGGACUCAUCCUUUCAUUAACCUUGAGUGUCCCGUUUUUGUCGACGCACUCGAAAACCAUCGACUUAUCGUUGACCAAAAAGGAAACGUUGCUUUUGGCGAUUGGCAGAAUGAAGACCUUACCAGUCUGGUUGACGUAACUGUCCCACAAUCCGCCACCUGGUAUAAGGAAAGACUUGCCCACCUACAAACUCGCUAUGGAAUCACUUCGUUUACCUUUGACGGCGGCGAAGUCCAAUAUCUUCCACACUCGAGUAACUUACCGACAGAAUUUAAGCCGAAUAUUUACACGACUAAAUUCGUCGACUUGGCGGCAUCUUUUGGUGGCAUGGUAAAAACAAGUGUUGCCAGAAUGUCACAAGAACAUCCAAUUUUUACAAGAAUCAGUGAUCGAGCCAGCCACUGGGGGAAUGACACCGGUCUCAAGUCUGUAAUUCCGACAGUACUUUUACUCGGAAUUGUUGGAUAUCCUUUCACCACUCCGGGAAUUGUGGCUGGCCAGGGACUAAUUCCACCAGGAAAAGAACUCUAUAUUCGUUGGGUUCAGGUGAAUACUUUCAUGCCGGCGAUGCAAUUUAGCCUUCCACCUUGGGCCACAAAUUUUGACGAUGAAACUAUCGAAAUUGUCAGGGAUUGUGUCCUCCUUCGUGAACAAUACUCUGGAGAUAUGCUAUCUGCCGCAUUUCAAGCUCGUACCGAAGGCAGACCAAUUAUUCGUCCUCUUUGGUGGUUGGACCCGACUGACGCGAUGACUUUUACGGAGGACCAAGUUUUUCUGUUGGGCGAUAGAAUACUCGUGGCCCCAGUGGUAGAGGAAGGAGCCACUAGUCGAGAUAUUUACCUCCCAAUGGGUACUUGGCUGGAUGAAAGGACAAAUACGACGUAUAGUGGUCCAACCCUGUUACGAAGCUAUUCAGCUCCGUUGCAUGUAAUUCCAUAUUUUGUGAAGAUUUUGAGUUAGAACGUCAUAAUUGGGAUGAAUAAAAUGAUAAUUUCUAUCCUUUUUA